AUGGCCCCAGAAUUGAGAAAGAGAAAGUCCGUUUCGGACAUCAAGAAGCCCAAUGGCGCUGCCAAAGCUGCCCAGCCCAAGCGAAAAGCCCCCGAGGAUGCGUCGCCUGUGUCGCUGAAGAAGCAAAAGUUUGUCAAGAAGACUGUUGUCACAAAAAAGACCGCUACCAAGCCGGCGCAAAAGUCCAAGAGCAAGCCCGAGGAAGUCAAGGUCGUCGAGGAGGAAACCACCACACUCGAUAUCCCCGAUGAGUCUUCCGAUUCUGAGGCUGAGGAGGGCAAAGAAGUUCAGGCGAUCGUAAAGGAGCUGGACUCUGACGACGAGGACAUCACCGAGGGCGACUCUAGCUUCAAGCAGGGACAGGAUGUCGGCAAGAUUCCCAAGGUCUCCAAGGAUGUUCAGAAGGCCGCCAAGGCUUCCGACGAGGAAGCUGGAGUUAUCUACAUCGGCCGCAUUCCCCACGGCUUCUACGAGCAUGAGAUGAGACAGUACUUUGAGCAAUUUGGCCCCAUCGUUGCGCUACGACUUUCCCGAAACAAGAAGACCGGUGCCAGCAAGCACUAUGCUUUCGUCAAGUUUGAGGAGGCAUCUACCGCCGAGAUCGUGUGCAAGACCAUGGAUAACUACCUUCUGUUCGGCCAUAUCCUCAAGUGCAGAAUGAUCCCCAAGGAGCAGGUUCGCGAUGAUUUGUUCAAGGGUGCCAACCGACGAUUCAAGAAGGUUCCCUGGAACAAGAUGGCUGGCCACAAGCUUGAGAAGCCCUUGACCGAGUCUGCAUGGGCGAACAAGGUUACAAAGGAGAACUCUAAGCGCGCAAAGAAGGCUGCUAAGCUUAAGGAGCUUGGUUAUGAGUUCGAUGCCCCCGAGAUCAAGGACGUGCCAGCCCCCGCUGCUAUUGAGAACGGAGAGAGCGAGACCAAGGCCAUUGAGGAUGCACCUGCUGAGAAGGAGGAGGAGCCCAAGGCUGAGGAGCCCGCUGAGGUCGUUGAGACGGUCGUCGAGGAGAAGACUGAGGUUAUUACCGAGGAGAAGCCAGCUCCCAAGGGCAAGGGCAAGGCCGCAAAGGGCAAGGCAACAAAAGCAGGCAAGGGCCGAAAGGCAAAGGCUUGA